AUGCGUCCUGGUCCCCCGAGGACCAACGAAGACCUGCAGCUGCUAUUGAACAGGAGGCGCCCUCCCAACAGGGGGCAGCAGAGAGCCAGACCCCCAGAGGAGCAAGACCCUCAGAGGAUCAAGACCCCAGAGGAUCAAGACCCCAGAGGAGCAAGAACCCCAGAGGAUCAAGACCCCAGAGGAUCAAGACCCCAGAGGAGCAAGACCCCAGAGGAUCAAGACCCCAGAGGAUCAAGACCCCAGAGGAUCAAGACCCCAGAGGAGCAAGAACCCCAGAGGAUCAAGACCCCAGAGGAUCAAGACCCCAGAGGAGCAAGACCCUCAGAGGAUCAAGACCCCCAGAGGAGUAAGACCCCAGAGGAUCAAGACCCCAGAGGAGCAAGAACCCCAGAGGAUCAAGACCCCAGAGGAUCAAGACCCCAGAGGAGCAAGAACCCCAGAGGAUCAAGACCCCAGAGGAUCAAGACCCCAGAGGAUCAAGACCCUCAGAGGAUCAAGACCCCCAGAGGAGUAAGACCCCAGAGGAUCAAGAACCCAGAGGAUCAAGAACCCCAGAGGAUCAAGACCCCAGAGGAGCAAGAACCCCAGAGGAUCAAGACCCCAGAGGAGCAAGAACCCCAGAGGAUCAAGACCCCAGAGGAGCCAGACCCCCAGAGGAGCAAGACCCCAGAGGAGCAAGAACCCCAGAGGAGUAAGACCCCCAGAGGAGUAAGACCCCAGAGGAGCAAAACCCCCAGAGGAUCAAGACCCCAGAGGAUCAAGACCCCAGAGGAUCAAGAACCCCAGAGGAUCAAGACCCCAGAGGAGCCAGACCCCCAGAGGAGCAAGACCCCAGAGGAGCCAGACCCCCAGAGGAUCAAGACCCCAGAGGAUCAAGACCCCAGAGGAGCCAGACCCCCAGAGGAUCAAGACCCCAGAGGAGCCAGACCCCCAGAGGAGCAAGACCCCCAGAGGAUCAAGGCCCCAGAGGAGCCAGACCCCCAGAGGAACCAGACCCCCAGAGGAACCAGACCCCCAGAGGAGCAAGACCCCCAGAGGAACCAGACCCCCAGAGGAAGGAGCAGGACCCCCGAGAGGAGCAAGACCCCCAAGAGGAGCAGGACCCCCCAGAGGAGCAAGACCCCCAAGAGGAGCAGGACCCCCGAGAGGAGCAAGACCCCCAAGAGGAGCAAGACCCCCAAGAGGAGCAGGACCCCCGAGAGGAGCAAGACCCCCAAGAGGAGCAGGACCCCCCAGAGGAGCAAGACCCCCAAGAGGAGCAGGACCCCCGAGAGGAGCAAGACCCCCAAGAGGAGCAGGACCCCCAAGAGGAGCAAGACCCCCAAGAGGAGCAAGACCCCCAAGAGGAGCAGGACCCCCGAGAGGAGCAAGACCCCCAAGAGGAGCAGGACCCCCGAGAGGAGCAAGACCUGUGACUCAGGGACUCAAACUCCGUGUCUGGCCGUCAGCUCUCUGGCGCCCCCCUGUGGCGGCCUCUGA